AUGUCGGCGGGCGGAGACUUCGGCAACCCGCUGCGGAAAUUCAAGCUGGUCUUCCUCGGCGAGCAAAGCGUUGGGAAGACUUCCUUGAUCACCAGAUUCAUGUAUGACAGCUUUGACAAUACCUACCAGGCAACAAUCGGCAUUGACUUCUUAUCGAAAACUAUGUACCUGGAAGAUCGCACAGUACGGUUGCAAUUGUGGGACACGGCAGGCCAGGAGCGGUUCAGGAGCUUGAUUCCUAGCUACAUUCGUGACUCCACUGUUGCCGUUGUUGUGUAUGAUAUCACAAAUGUAAACUCAUUCCAGCAAACCACAAAAUGGAUCGAUGAUGUCAGAACGGAAAGGGGGAGCGAUGUCAUCAUCAUGCUUGUAGGAAACAAAACAGAUCUAGCAGACAAGAGGCAAGUCUCUAUCGAGGAAGGGGAAAGGAAAGCCAAAGAGCUGAAUGUGAUGUUCAUUGAAACUAGCGCAAAGGCCGGAUACAACGUAAAACAACUUUUCCGACGUGUGGCUGCUGCUUUGCCCGGCAUGGAGAGCACGCAGGACAAAAGCAGGGAAGACAUGAUCGACAUCAAACUCGAAAAGCCUCAAGAGCAACCAGUCAGCGAAGGAGGCUGCUCCUGCUAAUAGUGU